UCCUGUUUGGUAGCAUUAGUUGGUUUGGGAAGCAGGCGGUUGGUGUGUGUAUAGCUAAUCGUCACUUUCGGAAGCCACAUGACAUUGAAAACCAGGAUUAUUACAUGUGUACUAGGACACUAUAGAGACGACGUAAUAAUCACAGAGCUUCCGAAAGUAAGGAGUAGUGUGCAGAGUCGGGAUAAAUUCGUCUAGAACAAGGUUCCACCAUGACCCAUCACGGACCCGGAUGAGGAAGACAAACUUUACAGGACAAGUUAUCUCCCGCGUUUUCGUUAAAAAUUCCAGCAAACAUCAUCAUCCCGACAUUUUCGUUUUCAUGGAGAAAUGAGUGACGUAGGGAUAGCCCUCCUUGUUCUUGGAAUAUGUAUGGUGGCGGCGGUGGUGAUUGCCAUUCUGAUCCGUCUUUUUGGGAUAUACCACUUCACAUCCUGUUUUGCCUCUGGAGAAGAAAAAGCCGUAUUGACACAGCAUGAGCAAUACAACGGAUACAUGGUCAAUUCCGAGUCUGACUUUGUCCUGGACACCAGUGGAAAGUUUGUACAGUACGAUACCAUCCAGUCUGAUCCAAACUACGCACAGACCGCAACGUACUCCCCACCUCGCAGUUAUUCACCUCCGCGACAAGAAGAAAGUGCGCGCAGUAGUCCUGUGUCCGUCGCCUCUGAGGUAGAGAUUCCUCACACAAUACGCAGAGCAGAGUCAUGUGACAGCGUAGCUUCAGACUCCUCGGUACUGGAAAUGCAACCGGAUAUGCCGAAGAUUGGACAACUGGAAUUUGCAUUAGAAUACGACAGAGAGGUAUCGGAGCUCGUGGUCAGUAUCAUACAAGCACGUGACCUGGCCCCUAACCAGUACUCAGGGACACUGGACACCUACAUCCGGGGAAUUCUCCAGCCAGAUACAGAUACCAAGCUACAAACAAAGAUACAGAAGAACUCGACAGAUCCCGUGUUUAAGGAGAGGUUCCUGUUUGGAGUGGAGCCCGAGGACCUGGACAGUCGAACCAUUCUCUUCCAAGUUUUCUCUGUAGACAAGUACGCUCGUCACAAGGUCAUUGGCGAGUCGGAAAUCAGGGUCGGUGACAUAGACCUCCGCAUUCCCAUCAAAAUGUGGCUUAAUCUCCGAGACAUUGACGAGAAACCUACCGAGUUUGGUGACAUCAUGUUUUCCCUGAGUUAUCUCCCCACUGCUCAACGUCUUACCGUAGUCGUGGUCAAGGCCAGGAACCUCAAAUGGUGCGACAACAAAGAUUCAGGGGAUACCUUUGUCAAGGUGUACCUCCUCCAGAACGGGAGGAAGGUCAGUAAGAAGAAGACCUCAGUGAAGAGACGCGAGCGACACCCGACCUUUAACGAGGCUAUGAUCUUCUCAGUACCUUCCACGGCCUUACCAACUGUCCAGCUUAGGAUUACCGUGUCUGAGGCUAUUCCGGAAAACCGGACACCGUCUCUCGGUCACAUCAUAGUUGGAGCAAACACUUCCGGUACAGAGCUGUCUCAUUGGAACCAAAUGAUGACGUCACUAAGGAAACCUAUUGCUAUGUGGCAUUAUCUCAGAAAAUGAUGACUGACUUUUAAGGCUAAGGCAUAUCUGUGAGUUUGAUGUCAAACAGUUAAAUAAAAUCAAUAUUUUCUCAUAAAGACAAAUCCUUGAAGUGUUUAUCCGUUAUCCCAGUAUGUCGUCAUCACACUGAAGUGUAUUGGUUGUUUGAAUUGAUUUUUGAUAUUAACAGUUCACAUACAAAUUGCUGAAUUGGUUCUAGAUGAGAUUGAUUAUGCUCUGGUGAAAAUACCAAAAUCCAAUGGUGAAAUUUGAAUAGCUGUGCUAAAUUUGGUACACGCCUUUGGGUUAUUAGACAGACACCUCGUAUCAUCCUUCACGCCAUUCCUAUAUAAAACGUCAUCUGCUGUUGCUCCGUUCGAAAUAACUAUCAUCCAUGGUAUUGUCUGUGGUAAUAUAUAGCUUUGCUGUAUGCCAUGGACCGUCGUUUGUGUCAUUGUAUCCAAGCCUGCUUUCGCACGGGUGCUACACACUGUAAUAGGGUAUAUAUGUUUAUCAUUCCAAGCAUGCAGGUACGUGAGAAGGACCACUAGACCUAUAUGUGUGGUCAUCGUGUACGUGUUUAUUCGUAAGAGCUGGUCACUGCCAUACAUUCUGCUUUCUUGGACAAGGGGAAAGGCAAGAAAGGGCAACAACUACCAUUAAAGUGUAGAAUAGAAUUGCAAGCAACGACAUGUUCAAAUAUAUUCGCAAAUCAUAAGACAUGAUUUUAUGUCUAUAUCUGUUUAAUAAUAGCAUUUAUAAUGUGGAUGAUUAGCUUUGAGUACCUAUAAUUGUUGACAGUGCAUGGGAACGUGUUGGCAGUAAAUAUGAUAAAACAAAUCAAAUACUUUUGUUUAUUUCCUUUCUCCUGCUUAUAUAUUUUGGAAAUUCACAUCUCGUUGUAGUGUAAUUCUAUUUACGUCCAUCGAUAUUCACUAAAUUUUGCUUGUUAUAUCCAAAAACUCCAAAUAUAAUCUUUAAAAUUUCAAAUUGCAAGUGUAACAAUUUAUGAGGUUCAUUUGAAAUAUUUUUUCCAUCUUUAUUUAUAUAUAUAUAUGUAAAAUGUUCAAGUUAGAAUAGGAGUUUGUGUAGUUUUUAGUGAAAUGUCAUUGACGUAAAAAUGUCUAUGAAUUACCCUUCUGUAUUAAUUGUUUAUACUCACUUUUACUGUGAUUGUUAGAGCGAUAUUAUUUCGUUAUGAUGUAUUUGCUUUCAAGCUGUUGUGUAUACACAUGAAUAUCAUUAAGAAGAAGUCUCUUUAAUUCAUAUUACUGCAAUGGUUGUCGUUAUUUCCGGUUUAGACAAAUGAAUACAUUGUCGAACGUAACCAAAUGGUGGGUGACAGUGUGAGAUAACUGGUAUGGCCUGGACAUCCAUCUAGUUAUUCAUUUCAGGAAAUGUUGUUUGAAUUUCUCUUUUCCAUUAAAGUUUCGUUGAUGUUUUCAGAGGUUUACGUACAAUUCUGUGAUUAAACAUUAUCUUGUUCUUGUUUGUAAAUGUGUAUAGAAAUAUAUGUAUUUGAAAUUAUUUUUGAAGGAAAGAAUGAACUUUAUAUGUGAAAGGAACCAAUAUCAAUAAAGUAGGUCACUGUGACCAAUAU